AGUCGACCGGAAAGUUGUUCCGAGUGUUUCCUGAAACAGGACGGGACACACUGGCCGUAUUGCACCAAAUUCAUUCCUCCAUCAGACGAGGGCAUGCGCCCGCACCGGGUGAGCGAUUCGGGGUCUGUGUCGUCGCGGUCGUCCCGGUCUCGGCCCGCACUCAACAACCCAGAUGACAUGCCAGACAUCAAGACAAUGAAGAGACGCCGGCGUCCACAGCAGCAGCAGCCGGACCCGCACGAGGAAGAGCUGAAGAAGAAGAGUCGCCCUCAGGAGUCCGGCAUCAUCUGCCGCGGGUGCAGCCUGCCCCUCGUGAUUGGCGAGGUGGUCGUGCAGAUUGGCCGGCUUGAGCCUGAGGAGCGAUCAUACUUCCACCCGAUGUGCGUCAUCUGUUCGCAGUGCGGCGAGCUGCUCGUGGAUCUCAGAUGCUUUGUCGACAUUGGAUGGGAGGAGCGUGGAACACCAGGUGCAGAGGAGCGAUUGUUCUGUGGCCGCCACUGGGCAGACAACCGAAGGCCAAGGUGCGCUGCGUGCGAUGAAACGAUCCAUCAGCCAAAGCAAGUGUAUGAGCUCAACACCACGUGGCACUUUCGCCACUUUGCCUGUUACAUCUGCGAUGCAAACCUCACUGACGCAUCAACAUAUGUCCCUCGAGACGGAAAGCCACUGUGCAUGGACUGCUACACGCAGCACAUUGCCGACAAAUGUGUUGCCUGUGGACGCGCCAUUGACGCCUCGCGUGGUGGCGGCGGCAAGAUUUCCAUCCAAGACAAGCACUGGCAUCCAAAGUGCUUCGCCUGCAAGAUGUGCAAAACAUCGCUCAAGGGAAAGCCGUGCGUGCCAAAGGGCACACGCGUGUAUUGUAAAAAGUGCUACAAGAAGGUCGCGAAGGUCAAGUGACAUAAGGCUGGCACUCCCGCACCACUCUCGGACACCACACCAGCUCGCCCCUCCCGCUUGCCUUGCUCUCUCGUUUGAUUGCUUUUUCUUGUAUUCAUUCCUUGCUCGCUUGCUCGUUGGCUGAAAGGGUCUCGUUUAUGCCACAGUGCUUUGCACAUCAAUAUACGUACAUCAACACGCA